AUGGUAACAAUGACCACGGAAGUUGAUAAAGACAAGGCAGUGUCAGUAGUGAUAAGUGCACCGAAAAAGAUGAACGUUAACGGCAACGAAAAGGACAAAGAGCGUGACCGGGAGAAGGAAAAGGACCGGGAAAUGGUGACGGGCCAUGAAGGUGGUGGUAGUGCCGAGGAGGGUGAGGGCACAGUUAUUAUCGUGCCGGUGUUACAACAGGGUGGCACAACGGGAAAUAGUAUCGGUGUGCCGCCACCAGGCAGUACAGGCAGCAGUAGUACGGCAGCAACAACAACAACGACGGUAGCGGUGACCUCCUGUACGGGUGCGCUCGCUGCUGGUACGAGUGGAUCGUCCGGUAAACCGAGCAGCCAACCCUCCCAUGCCCAGGCAACCCAGGCGGCACUGAAUCAGGACGCGCCGAACAUUUUAGUAUAUAAAAAGAUGGAAGCGAUCGUCGAGCGGAUGCAGGGUGAGGAGGGUGGCGUCUCGGUGCGCACCAUCAAAGCCUUCAUGAGCAAAGUACCGUCCGUAUUCACUGGUGCCGAUCUGAUAGCGUGGAUUAUGAAGAAUCUCAGCAUAGACGACGUGAACGAGGCGCUGCAUCUGGCCCAUCUGCUCGCGUCCCACGGUUACCUGUUCCCGAUCGAUGACCAUCAGCUGACGGUGAAGAACGACGGUACGUUCUACCGCUUCCAGACACCGUACUUCUGGCCCUCGAAUUGCUGGGAACCGGAAAACACCGACUACGCCGUGUACCUGUGCAAGCGCACGAUGCAGAACAAGACGCGCCUUGAGCUGGCGGACUAUGAGGCGGAAAAUUUGGCCAAGCUGCAGAAGAUGUUUUCGCGCAAAUGGGAGUUUAUCUUUAUGCAGGCAGAAGCACAGAGCAAGGUGGACAAAAAGCGGGACAAGCUGGAGCGUAAGGUGCUGGAUUCGCAGGAGCGUGCAUUUUGGGACGUACAUCGGCCGAUGCCGGGUUGCGUCAAUACGACCGAGGUCGAUAUCAAGAAGGCGUACCGGCGCGGUGCGUCCAGCCUUGGGUCGGGUUCGUCGGGGACGGCCGGCAACAGUAAUCCGGUGGAGCAGCUGACGCGCCAGAUAAAGCUGCUAAAGUUGAAGCUCGAACGACGCACGAUCAAAAUCUCCAAAGUGGCCGAAUCUUACACUUCGUAUUUUGAGCAAUACAAUGAGUACGAUUGCUUUCUAAACCCGCCCGAUCAACCGAACCCUUGGAUCACGGACAAUACCGAGAUGUGGGACGCCGAUCGAACUGCCAAAGACGUAUCGCUGAAGCGUGUAAAGCGAUGGGGCUUUAGCUUGCGCGAACUUUUGAACGAUCCCGUCGGUCGGGAACAGUUUUCAAAAUUCCUGGAUAAAGAAUUUAGUGGUGAAAAUCUCAAGUUCUGGGAAUCGGUACAGAGCAUGAAGGCACAACCACAGUCCAAGGUGAAGGAUGCGGCCCAUGCCAUUUAUCUGGAGUUCCUUGCUCCGGACGCACCCUGCCCGGUGAAUGUGGACUCGAAAUCGAUGGAAUUGGCACGGGAAGCAGUUAGCAGCUCGGCACCACCGAAUCGCUGGUGUUUCGAUGUGGCAGCCGCCCACGUUUACCAUCUGAUGAAGAGUGACUCCUACUCACGCUACCUGCGCUCCGACAUGUACAAGGAGUAUCUGAACGGAUCGAAAAAGAAGAUCAAAUCCAUACCAAAUCUGUUCGGUGUGAAGCGCUAA